UAAGUCAGGGUGCAGGCCGGACCCGCGGAGACCCACGCCGCCGCCAUGGAGCAGUGCCGCGCCGGCUCCCGCCUGCGGAUCGUGCUGGGACACCUCGGCCGGCCUUCGGCCGCGGCCCUUGUGCCUCACCCCACUUCAGGAGUAGUUUCCUCCACCAGUUUACAUCCUCAGCAGUUCCAGUAUACUCUGGAUAAUGAUGUCCUAAGCCUGGAACAGAGGAAAUUUUAUGAAGAAAAUGGUUUCCUUGUCAUUAAAAAUCUGGUGUCAGAGGCUGAUAUUGAACGUUUUCGGAUGGAGUUUGAAAGAAUCUGCAGGAAGGAGGUGGAACCAGUGGGCUUACGGAUAAUGAGAGAUGUGGCCACUGUGAAAUCAGAACACGGUGUGGGGGAGAAAACGAUUUCAAAGAUCCAGGACUUCCAGGAGGAUGAGGAGCUCUUCCGGUACUGCACCCUGCCAGAGAUUCUGAAAUACGUGGAGUGCUUCACUGGACCCAAUAUUAUGGCUAUGCACACAAUGCUGAUAAACAAACCUCCAGAUACCGGAAAGAGGACAAGCCGUCACCCCCUGCAUCAGGAUCUGCAUUAUUUCUCCUUCCGGCCCAGCAAUCUCAUUGUGUGUGCUUGGACCGCGAUGCAACACAUUGACCGGAACAACGGCUGCCUGGUUGUGCUCCCAGGCAGCCAUAAAGGCUCCCUGAAGGCACAUGACUACCCAAAGUGGGAGGGGGGAGUUAACAAGAUGUACCAUGGGAUUCAGGACUACGACGAGAACAACGACCGUGUGCACCUUGUCAUGGAGAAGGGGGACACGGUCUUCUUCCAUCCUUUGCUGGUCCAUGGAUCGGGGCAGAACAGAACUCCAGGCUUCCGGAAGUCCAUUUCCUGCCAUUUUGCCAGCUCCAACUGCCACUACAUUGAUGUGAAAGGCACCAGUCAGGAAAAUAUCGAGAAGGAGGUUGUAGAAAUAGUGAAGAGAUUUCUGGGAGUAAAGGGUGACCUAAACUUAAAGGAUAUUUGGAUGUUUCGAAGUCGACUUGUGAAAGGAGAACGCAUCAACCUCUGAAACAACUACUCACAACUAGAAGGAAGGAAGCCAAACCAAAACCAGGAAUCAAAGGAAAAUCUUUUCUGUGAGAUUCAAUCAUUUCUUGUUAACAAAAUCAAAAAUCAAGUAGCAGGAACUCAAUUUCAGGCAGUUAAUUCUACAAAGCCGUGAUGGUGUUGUAAUGGAAGUAAAAUAUUAAAACUAAUUAGUAUGGUCUUAAGGAAAACUCCCAGAGUUACAACUAGAUAAUAAAGCUGAUUGGUGU